AUGCAGGCCGAGGCGCAGGAUGAGCGCAGCCAGCAGCAGCAGCAGGAGGAGAUCAAGGUGAUCGUGAUGAACUACGGCAAGUGGAAGGCGCCCAAGGCGCUGAGCGACGUGCUGCAUGCCAAGGGCGUGCAGUUCUUUAAGGUGCAGAAGUCGCGGCAGCUGUCCUUCGGCUUCGUACACUUCCGCUCGGCCGAGGAGCGCGCCGAGGCCAUGCCCAAGAUGCAGGCCAUCGACUGGAACGGCGAGCCGCUCGAAGUCAAGGACGCGCUGCCCAAGAAGAGCAUGAAGCCCAUGCGCACGCGCGGCAAGCGCGACCGCGACGGGAAGGACAAGGCGGACAAGGACGAGGAGAAGCAGCCGGAGGAGGACGUAUCUGAGCGUGACGUGCGCGACGUGGUGACCCCGUGGGCCAACGUGCCGUACGAGGAGCAGCUGGAGCGCAAGGAGGCGGAAAUGAAGAAGGUGCUCGUGAAGAUCGUGCGCCAGACGCGCAAGGAGUUCGGCAAGAAGGAGAAGCGCGUGGCCCAGGCGGACCAGCGCAACAAGAAGCGCAAGAUGGAGAAGGAGAAGCAGGACGGAGAGCAGGAGCAGCCCACUGAGGCCUACGUGGACGACGCCAAGCCGAAGUACGCGACCAAGAUCCCCAAGUGGCUCAACAGCCACGGUUCGCUCUACGUUGUGGCCAACGACGUGCUGUACUCGCGCGCGCACGAGGCCGAAGCAGGCACGCCCUGGACGCGUGUGGCGGAUGCCACCGAUGUGAUGGGCAUCGUGUCGUUUGGCAGUGACCUGGUGGGUGUCAAGACGGACAACGUCAUCUACGCGCUGAAGCCGGACUCGGCGUCCAGCGACGGCUUCAAGUGGGAGAAGAUUUGCAGCGGACCUAAGUCGCAGAUCACGUCGUUCGCCUCGCUGCGUGGCGUGCUCAUUUGCUGCACCAAUAAGGGCAACAUCUACAAGCAGGAAGGCACUGGCCGCUUCGCGUCGGGUGAAUGGAAGCUUCUGGGCAAGGUUCCUGGCGCCACUGUCAUCGGACUGCACAACGGAUUUCUUUACGCGAUCAACCCGAAGGCCGACACGCCGUGGUCGCGCGCUCUGUUGGAUGGAGCUGCGUUGGAGUCGCUGACGUUCGAGAAGUUUGAUGUUGCGAUGCCGCAGGCGCUUGGUAUUACGUCGCACAACACGCUGUUCAUCCUGCUCACCCACAAGACUCUUGAGUACGUGCAGCCGGACGGCACGAUCAAGGCGACGGUGCCCCUGACGGCCAAGGUGAAGGGUGCGACUUUCACUGGAUUUGCGAGCCACAAUGGCCUGUGCUGUCCGAUGGACUCGAUUCACGCCUCCCCUGUGACGGAAGGAUACCGCAACAAGUGCGAGUUCAGCUUCGGUUUCGACAAGGAAAACAAGCCUUGCGUUGGAUUCCGCCUUGGUCUGUUCCGUGAAGGCUCCGUCGUUGUCAGCAAACCUGAUGAGUGUGUGAACGUGUCCAGUGAGAUGAAGGCCGUGUGUGCUGUCAUGCAAAACAUCGUGGAGACGUCAGAAAUCCUGGUGUACGAUGUCACCACGAAGUCGGGCGUGUGGCGCGUGCUGACUGUGCGUCAGAGUGUUAACACCGGCGAACUCAUGGCCAUGGUGCAGGUGAACCCAGCUGGCAAGACGCCCGAGGAGCGUGCUGCCCUGAAGGACCUGCUGGUGGAGCGCCUGACCGACGAGAACAACUCGUUCAAGAUCACGUCCUUCUACAUCCAAGAGUACGAGGGACUGUCGGCCCCGUCGGACAAUGACCCAGUUGAGCACGUGUUUGGCAAGACGAAGCUUGAGGAGCACCUGCUCGGCAUGCGAUUCGACGUGUCCCCGAACGCCUUCUUCCAGGUCAACACGCGUGGAGCCGAGGAGCUGUACUCGCUGGUGAAGCAGCAUGCUGAUGCCGACGAGCACACUCUUCUGUACGACGUGUGCUGUGGUACCGGCACCAUUGGAAUCUGCGCGUCGAAGGGCGUGGCCAAGGUCGUCGGUAUUGAGAUCUGCAAGCCUGCCACUGAUGAUGCUGAGGUGAACGCGGUGCUCAACGACGUCAAGAACGUGAGCUUCAUUAACUCGAAGGCCGAAGACGUGAUGAAGGACCUGCUGCGCAGGAAGCGCGAGGAGAGCGAGAAGCACCUCAACCGCGUCGUGGCCAUUGUGGACCCGCCUCGCGCCGGCCUGCACCAUAACGUGCUGCGCGCACUCCGGGCUUGCCCGCCGGUGCAGCGUAUCGUGUACGUGUCUUGCAACCCGACCAACUCGCUGGUGCGAGAUGCCGUGAUGCUCUGCGGCCCCAGCACCAAGGGCAUGCAGGGCGAGGCUUUCCAGCCCGUGCACGCCGUUCCUGUGGAUAUGUUCCCGCACACGCCGCACUGCGAGAUGAUCAUCGUGUUCGAGCGCGUCAAGACGGAAUAG